GGCAGUGCAAUCUCCCAAAGGAAUAACAAUGGAGCCCUUUCCUUCCUCCUCUUCCUCCGCUUAUACGUCUUCACAGAUAGGCAUAGCCCAGAAGACAUGGGAGUUGGAGAACAACAUAAUCUCGAUGGACACUCCCACGGCGAACCCGGACCCGGCGUCAGACGCCAUAUUCUACUACGACGACGCAGCGCAGGCCAAGUACCAGCAGGAGAAGCCGUGGACGACCGACCCACACUACUUCAAGCGCGUCAAGAUCUCGGCCCUAGCGCUGCUGAAGAUGGUGGUCCACGCGCGCUCCGGAGGGACCAUCGAGGUCAUGGGGCUCAUGCAGGGAAAGACCGACGGCGACGCCAUUAUCGUCAUGGACGCCUUUGCCUUGCCCGUCGAAGGAACCGAGACUAGGGUUAAUGCCCAGGCCGAUGCCUACGAGUAUAUGGUUGAUUAUUCCCAGACUAACAAGCAGGCAGGGCGGUUGGAGAAUGCGGUUGGGUGGUACCAUUCUCAUCCUGGCUAUGGAUGCUGGCUUUCGGGUAUUGAUGUUUCAACACAAAUGCUAAACCAGCAAUAUCAGGAGCCUUUUCUGGCAGUUGUUAUAGAUCCAACAAGGACUGUUUCUGCUGGAAAAGUUGAGAUUGGAGCGUUCAGAACAUACCCAGAGGGAUAUAAGCCUCCAGAUGAGCCUGUCUCUGAGUAUCAGACCAUCCCUCUGAAUAAGAUUGAAGACUUUGGUGUACACUGUAAACAGUAUUAUUCUUUGGAUAUCACCUAUUUUAAGUCUUCUCUUGAUUCCCACCUCUUGGAUCUGCUAUGGAACAAGUAUUGGGUGAAUACCCUUUCAUCUUCACCUUUAUUGGGUAACGGAGACUAUGUUGCUGGACAAAUCUCAGAUCUAGCUGAAAAGCUGGAGCAGGCGGAGAACCAACUAUCUCACUCCCGCUUUGGGCCACUAUUAGCACCCCCUCCAAGAAAGAAAGAGGAAGAAUCUCAACUUGCUAAGAUUACUCGGGAUAGUGCAAAGAUAACUGUGGAGCAGGUUCAUGGUCUAAUGUCACAGGUUCUCAAAGAUAUCCUUUUCAACUCUGUGAGGCAAUCCAACCGGUCUCGCUCAGAGCCGUCUGACCCUGAGCCAAUGAUUGAAUCCUGAUUUUUGGCAUACUGUUUGUGAAGCAAAUGAUGAAGGCUUUCCAUCAUGAAGCUUUAAUUUUCCUGGAUACCCGGCUUAAAUUGAAGAAAAAAUACAUUAUUAAGUUCAACGUUCUGGAAGUUUUAUUACCUACUGCUGAUGUACAUUUCUUUCACCUCAAGUCAUGGUUGAUUUUUUGUCAUAUUUAUAUAACAUUUCCUUGACAAAGGUAAUCACAGUUAGUUGACUCUUUGAUAGCCAUUUUUAUCGGAAAUUAAAACAUGCAGUUGAAAGUAGUA